GAGGAAAAAUUUUCUCUGUUUGGCUUUGUUGAUGUUGCCAUUUAAUACCAAGCUCGUUAUAGCUUGUUCAUAGGAUCCCCGGCCACAGGACAAACAAACUACACACAUACACAAUUGGCAAAUACACACGUCGAAACUGUGGUUGUUCUUGUACAGAGUGACAAUACGUGCAUACUGUGGAUCUAACUCUCGUAUUAUCAUCACAUCUCUGGCGUUGUCCACGCUGGCAUUAUAUAUAGAGGAAGGUUGCAUCCCGAAACUUGUGAACAAUGAUGGCAUCCUCGAGCUCUGAAUCUCAAAUCUACCACCGACAGCACUUUACAAUGGCUGAUGAGUCUUUGAAGGAACAAAUAGUGAAAACAGGAAGCUCUGCGGAUAGCGUGGAGGAAGAGGCUAUCUUUGUCACGAAGGAGGAGGACAAGGGGACUAAGAACCUGGGCUACAUCAGUGCCACUGCCCUCAUAGUGAACAGAAUCAUCGGUACUGGUAUCUUUGCCACGCCUUCAACAAUUGUGCUGCUGUGCAAUGGGUCCAUCGGACUGUCGCUAAUCCUAUGGGUUGUCGGUUCGUUAAUCGCAUUGGCUGGGUUGUACGUGUACAUGGAGUUUGGCUCUGCAAUUCCACGUAACGGUGGUGAAAAGAACUAUCUGGAGUAUGUCUAUAAGAAGCCGAAGUUCCUCAUCACAUCAAUGUACGCCUCCUAUAUCUUCUUCCUGGGUUGGGCAUCGGGUAACUCCAUCAUCUUUGGCCAGUAUAUCCUCAUUGCCGCAGGUAAAGAACCUACAAGAUGGAGCGAGCGUGGUAUCGGUAUUGCUGCUGUUUCAUUUGCGUUUCUCAUCAACGGACUGCACGUGAAGACUGGUGCCUAUUUACAAAACACUCUCGGUAUCUUUAAGAUUGGUGUUGUCUUGUUCAUCGUCGUUACAGGGUGGGUUGCCCUUGGUGGUUGGAAAAAGACUGACAACUUUUCCCAUUCCUUCGAAGGCACAUCAGGAGCUACCGCAUAUGGUGUUGUCAAUGCCUUGUAUAACAUCAUCUGGUCGUUUGUCGGUUAUUCAAAUGCAAACUAUGCCCUUGGUGAAGUUAAAAACCCAGUCAAGACUCUGAAAUACGCUGCUCCAGCUGCUCUGGUUUGUCUUGCAAUCAUCUACUUCUUUGUUAAUAUUGCAUACUUUGCCAUUGUUCCAAAGGAGCAGCUGAUGCACUCUUCAACUAUUUUGGCUGCAGACUUCUUUGACAUUGCGUUUGGUAAUACAGCUAAGAAGGCGUCGUCUGUCUUUAUUGCAUUGUCUGCAUUGGGUAAUGUCCUUUCUGUCAUCUUCUCGCAAGGUCGUAUCAUUCAAGCCUUAGGACGUGAAGGUGUCUUGCCAUUUUCCAAGUUCUUUGCAAGCUCUAGACCUUUCCACACUCCGUUUGUUGGUCUCCUACAACACUGGGUUGUUUGUGUGAUUACUAUCAUUGCUCCACCACCAGGUGAUGCUUAUAACUUCAUUCUGAACUUGAUCUCGUACCCGUUAAAUGUGGUUAAUCUUGCAGUUGCACUUGGACUACUAUAUCUUCACAUUGAAUCAUAUAGAGGCAAGGUUGACUGGAGGGCACCAAUCAAGGCUCCAUUGCCAGUUAUCAUCUUCUUUGCACUGGCGACAUUGUACCUGAUUGUUGCACCUUAUGUUCCACCAAAUGACGACCAAAAGCACAUGGUUUACAAUGAUAUCCCAUACUGGGCUCACUGUGUUGCAACUUGGGCGAUCUUUGGCAUUGGUGCUCUGUGGUGGCUGGUGAAAGCUGUUAUACUACCACGUAUCGGUGGUUACUCUUUAGAAUCCACCGAAGUUGUUGGUGAGGAUGGUUUCUGGAGAAAGGAGAUUGUUAAGGUAUAUCCAGGGGAUAGCAAUCCCUGA